AUGGCCGGAGGGAUGGGGCAGGGGCGUACCGGCGCAGCCACGCAGGGCGGCGGUGGCGCGACGCUGCCGGCAGCCGGCUGCGCUAGGGUUCCCCAGUGGCCGGUGGUGUUUUCUCGAUUCGGCGCACUUCCGCUCGCUACCUCGCUCAGUGUGUCCGUGUCUGGAGUCGUCGUCGUCGAGCCGUCAAGGGCUGAUUUGCUCGAUGGCUUGCCGGCGACGGUGCAGGCCGUCCUCUCCUACGACCCCACCGUGCAGCUUGAGGCAACCACGCACUUCAGGAAGCUACUCUCCAUAGCUGUGCCUCUCUUUGUCAAGCUCCUCAACUCUCACAUCGAGGAUGUUCAUAAACAGGCAUGCGCUGAAUUAUAG